AUGACGAAGCGUUCGCGCGAGCGAGAGGGCCAUCUGUACGGGGGCCACGGCGAUCGGUAUCGCGACAGGUAUCGCGAUGAGCGGUAUCGCAGCAGCAGUCGGCCCCGACACACUGGCUUUGAUGGCGUCAGCCGUUCGCACUACGCCAAUCGUGACGGCUACCGCUCCAACGGUGGCGGCGGCUGGGGCAGUAAGCCACCGGCGGCAGCGCAGCAGCCCGAUGGGUCGGACGACGGCUGCUACUCUCCGGGCGCGUCUGACGGGGAGGACCCCAACCCGUUCGAGACGCUCAAGCCUGCCCUUUGCAAGUAUGUCGCCGCGAGUUCGCAGAGCCGGCAGCGACAGCAGCCGAUCCUGUGCCCGCUCACAGCGCGAGGCCUCCCAAAGCUCGAGGAGUAUCUGGGCAAGCGGUACCAGCCGAUGGCCAAGGCACUCGGCUGGCCCGAGCACCCCUCGAACGCGCAGAGGUGCAUGGAAGGGCACGCGCCUUGCAGAUCCCAGCCGUGCAAAAACUGGGGCGCGCUCCAGCAGCACGCCGACAAGCGGUUCGGCGCAAAGGUGGACGCGCAUGCGUUCGACGCCACCGUUCCCUGGCCGCCGCUGCUGCAUAUCAGCGGCCUGCCGGGGGAGCUCAACUCGUCGAACCUGCUGCUGCAGAGCUUCGGGAAGCAAGGCGUCAAGGACGCGCACCCGAUCUACCUGGGGCCCUUUACGGGGCGGGCCGUCCUCGUCUUCGAGAAGGACCACUCCGGCUGGGAGAGGGCGAAGGCUUUCCUCGAUACGUGCGGCAUGGACCGGGACGAGGUGGUGCGCCUGCGCGGGGAGGGCAAGACCGAGGAGGCGGCGGCGAAGGAGAAGGCGCUGAUCAAGUCGGAGUGGGUGCAGGAGCACGUGUACAACGGGCGGUGGAAGAACGAGCAGUGGGCGAAGAAGAAGCUGUUCCGCACGGUGGUGGUCUUCCGGCGGAAGAACGAGCUCGAGCAGGAGGUGGCGGAGGCGAAGAGGAUGCAGAGGGAGGAGCAGGCCCGGCUCCUGCUGCGCUCGGUGCAGGAGGCGGAGAAGGAGAGGAAGCUGCGCGAGGAGGAGGCGGCCAACGCGCAGCUGCUCAAGGACCAGUACGCCGAGCGGUGA